AUGUCAGUUCUUAGCCCAUCUGAUUUAACCGACUCCACGAUUGUGGUCAUUGGUGCUGGCAUCAUCGGUCUUACCAGCGCCCUCAAGAUCCAACAACUAAUCGCCGACUCACCAUCAAUAUCAGUCCUCCUCGUCGCAAAAGAAUGGCCAAAUUCAAUCCCCGGCGCACCAACGACGCAUUCAGCAGACUAUGCUUCCAUGUGGGCUGGUGCUCACAUCCGACCCAUCCCCGCUUCUACGCCACAGUUACGUCGUGAAGCCAAGUGGGUGAAACACACUGUCGCUGAGCUUGAGAAACAUUGGCAGAGUGAACCUUGGGUUGGGAUCAGACGUCUUCCAGGUGUUGAGUAUCUUGAGGAUCCGUCAACUGCGUACCUGAAGCAAGAUGCUCAGAGCUUUGCCAACGAGACUGGACUGCCCGGAUAUCGGAAGUAUGAAACCCAUGAACUACCUGAGAAUGUAAAGCUGGGGUUUGAGUAUGAAACUUAUUGUAUUCAUGCCCCGUUAUACACUGCUAGCUUGCUGCGCAAAUUUAUUGUUCAAGGCGGAAAGACACUGCAGAGGGAUUUGAAGAGUGAAUGGGAGGCUUUUAUCCUCGCACCUAGUGUUAAAUUAGUUGUGAAUGCGAGUGGAAUGGGUUUUGGGGAUAAGAAGUGUUUCCCAAUCAGAGGCCAGACAGUGCUAACCAACCUCACCGCCGCCGACAAAACUAUCACAACUCAGAAGAAAGACGGCACCUGGAGCUUUAUAAUCCCUCGUUCUUUCAAUGGAGGAACAGUCAUUGGCGGUACCAAAGAAGUCGGAAACUGGCAGCUCGAACCAUCAGAGGAAACACGUGCUCAGCUACUGAACGCUGCUCAGUCAAUCAUACCACAAGCAUGCGAUAAGAGGCAGACGUUUGAGACGAUAAAGGUAAUCAAAGAUGUUGUUGGAAGAAGACCAGCUCGUGAGGGUGGCAUGAGAGUCGAGACCGAAGCUAGGGAUACCACAUGGGGUAUCAAACAUGUGAUUCAUGCCUAUGGUGCUGGAGGACGAGGAUUUGAAUUAUCUUGGGGCGUGGCUAGUGAAGUGACUGAACUUGUGAGGGAGAUAUUGGAAUCGAAGUCUAUUGCUCGACCUAAGCUUUAG